AUGCGCCCGCGGCGGACCCUCCCGCGCCCCCUCUCGCUCUGCCUCUGCGUCUGCCUGGCCGCGGCGGCGGCGCGAGGAGCCGUGCAGCCCGGGUCAUGUAGGGAUAAAAAGAACUGUAAGGUGGCCUUUUCCCAGCAGGAACUGAGGAAGCGGCUGACACCCAUGCAGUAUCAUGUCACCCAGGAGAAAGGGACCGAAAGUGCCUUUGAAGGAGAAUAUACUCAUCACAAAGAUCCUGGAAUAUAUAAAUGUGUUGUUUGUGGAACUCCAUUGUUCAAGUCAGAAACCAAAUUUGACUCUGGUUCAGGUUGGCCUUCAUUCCACGACGUGAUCAGUUCUGAGGCCAUCACACUCACUGACGACUUUUCCCACGGGAUGCACAGGGUGGAGACAAGCUGCUCUCAGUGUGGUGCUCACCUUGGGCAUAUUUUUGACGAUGGGCCCCGUCCAACCGGCAAGAGAUACUGCAUCAACUCGGCCUCCUUGUCUUUCUCGCCUGCGGAGAGCGCGGCUGGGGGUGGCGGGCCCAGCAGCCCAGCCCAGGCAGACCAGGAGGAGCUGUAA